UGCGGGCCGGGGUCGGGGCCCGGGCCCGGCGCGUGCGGCGCGGCCCCGCCGUCGGGCGGCGGCGCCUCCAUGUUCCGCUGGCUGGAGGUGCUGGAGAAGGAGUUCGACAAGGCCUUCGUGGACGUGGACCUGCUGCUGGGCGAGAUCGACCCCGACCAGGCCGACAUCACGUACGAGGGCCGCCAGAAGAUGACGAGCCUCAGCUCGUGCUUCGCGCAGCUCUGCCACAAGGCGCAGACCGUGGCGCAGAUCAACCACAAGCUGGAGGCCCAGUUAGUAGAUCUGAAGUCUGAACUGACAGAAACUCAGGCCGAGAAAGCCGUGCUGGAAAAAGAAGUGCACGAUCAGCUUCUGCAGCUGCAUGCUGUGCAGCUGCAGCUGCACGCCAAGACCGGUCAGAGCCUGGACUCGGGGGCCAUCAAGGCGAAGCUGGAAAGAGAACUUGAAGCUAACAAGAAAGAGAAAGUGAAAGAAGCUCAGCUGGAAGCUGAAGUGAAGUUGCUGAGGAAGGAAAACGAAGCGCUUCGUCGACACAUAGCAGUGCUUCAGGCAGAGGUUUACGGGGCAAGGUUGGCAGCCAAGUACUUGGAUAAGGAGCUAGCUGGAAGGGUCCAGCAGAUUCAGUUACUGGGACGCGAUAUGAAAGGACCUGCUCAUGACAAGCUCUGGAAUCAGCUGGAGGCAGAAAUACACCUUCACCGCCACAAAACUGUUAUUAGAGCCUGUCGGGGUCGGAACGAUCUCAAACGACCGAUGCAAGCACCACCAGGCCAUGAUCCAGAUGCUUUGAAGAAGAGUCAAGGUGUUGGUCCAAUCAGAAAAGUUGUGCUUGUUAAAGAAGACCAUGAAGGACUAGGAAUUUCAAUUACAGGUGGGAAGGAGCAUGGUGUUCCAAUACUGAUCUCUGAAAUCCAUCCUGGACAACCUGCUGAUCGAUGUGGAGGGCUGCACGUUGGUGAUGCUAUUCUGGCAGUAAAUGGGGUUAAUCUAAGGGAUGCCAAGCACAAAGAAGCUGUGACUAUUCUUUCUCAACAAAGAGGCGAAAUUGAGUUUGAAGUAGUGUAUGUUGCUCCAGAAGUAGAUUCGGAUGAUGAAAAUGUAGAAUAUGAGGAUGAGAGUGGACACCGUUAUCGUUUGUAUCUGGAUGAAUUGGAAGAAGGUGCAAAUUCAAGUUCUAAUAGGAAAGAAGGAAAUGUGGAUGUCAAGCCAUCACAAGUGUUUGAUAAGAAACCAAGUAUUGAUGGACAUGAAAAUGGAGACCUGGGGAAUUCAGUUGAAGCUCCGUUAGAAGACACUGCACCCAAAUUAGCACGUUCUGCUGAGUCUUUAUCAUAAAAAAAAAAAAAAAGGAAUAAUGAUAAUAAUAAAUCAACUGGACAGAUCCCAUUUUGGGGAACAACUGAUAAUCAUUACUGACUGUUCCAAGUUGCAUAUACUAGUGUAGGUUUUAAAGGAAUGAUUAAAAGUCAAAGGGACCUGUAUUAUUGUUGCCUGGAGAAAAGGCGGUUACCUCAGGACUUCAUUGUGAGCAAUUCUAAAUGUGGAAAACUGUCUCUGGCGUGACACGCAGCAGUUACCUAGCACCUGGCAUGUGACAUGAAUUUUCUUUUAAUAAUAAGCACCAAAACAUGGGAUUUCUUAAAAGGCUGGUCUUAAUGAGUUCAUCUUUGAAUGUUACUAGGGUCCCAAG